AUGAUAUGCGCAACAGAUGGUAUCACAUACCCUUCGGAGUGUCAUAUGCGCCAGGCUGCAUGCCAGCAACAAAAAUUUGUAAUGAUUGCUUUCCGCGGUUCCUGUGAUAGUUGUUCGAAUGGUCCUUGUCUUGAUGGACAACAAUGUGAGGAUGGCAUUUGCUCCUGCCCAAGCAGUUGUCCAAAUGCUACCGAAAAUAGUACGGUAUGUGGUAGUGACGGAAUACUUUAUCCAUCGAAAUGUCAUUUGAAGAUGACAAUCUGUCACAAAGGUUUUGCAAUAUCCAUCCAGCAUCUCAGCAACUGUAAAGAGCCAUUACGUCAAAAUGAUGAAUGCAGCUGCAACCGCAUUGGAUCCUACAGUAAUGCGUGUGAUAAACACGGACAGUGUCGAUGCCUUCCUGGUGUGGGUGGCAAGAAAUGUGAUCAUUGCGUGUCGGGUUUUUGGGGACUGCAUCUGAUAGCCCAAGGUGCUUUGGGAUGUCAACCAUGCGGAUGUUCUGCAUUUGGUUCCUCGCGCUUUGAUUGCGAACAGUCAUCUGGUCGUUGUCAAUGCAAACCAGAUUCAUAUGGUGUAAAAUGUGACUCCUGUGGCUCGGAUUCUAUUUUAACUUCAAAUGGUUGUUCGAAAAAGACAGAAUUUCACGUCCCCAAAGACUGCAACGAACUACGUUGUCACCAUGGAGCUGUAUGUGUGAUUGCAUUAUCUGGAACGCCAGUUUGUAAGUGCUCCAAGCAAUGUUCAUUGGAUCAUCUUGGUGUAGUAGCUGAAAUGACUGUCUGUGGAUCUGAUAAUAAUACUUAUGGUAAUAUCUGCGAACUGCAGCAGUUUGCAUGUAUCCAUCAACUGGAUUUAGUUCCUUCGGUGCUUGGAAUCUGUCCAAAAGACAUUAGUAACGAUGAUAGUGAGACGCAACGCCGUCGAGGGCGUAAAUUAGAUGUAACACCAAUUCUGGGAAAUCUGUGCGUAGAUAAUACCGACUGUCCAAUUUUUAAUGCAUACUGUGGUGAAUUGAAUUUCUCGAGAUUGAAGAGCUGCAAGUGUAGGGAAGGAUUCUUUCCGUCCAAGGAUUUGACAUAUUGUAUACAAGGUUAG